GUCAAGGCUGGAGAUGGAUCUUUGUGUCUUUGUGUGUUUUUGUUCUUCUCUCUACAAUUGACUCAGCUGAGCAUGGUGUCAGUGGACACAUGGGUGUCAUAGGGAAUAGGAGAAACAAGAAAGGAAAAGAAGUUACAUCUCUUCCGGAUCCUGAGGGAUAGCUGUUAUGGUCUUGGCCAGUGGUUUCUCCAAAGGCUUCUUUCUAAGGCCCUGAAAUCCGAGGGCAUGGCUGUGGAGUCCAGAUAGUAGUCACCUUGGGAGGAGCCCUAGGCAGGGCUAGUGUUUGGGGACCAACCCCUGCUUGAGACUAUCUCUGUGUUCAAGCGUAGCAGCAGGGAACAGUGGCACGAAGUGGACAGAGACCUCACCGCAACUUCCUGUACAACUGGCUCUAGCUGCAGUUUCUUCCUUUUUUCCUUAUUCCCACAGAAUUGGCCCAGAACCUGAGGAGGGUGGAGCAGGAAAGGAGCAGAGGACUCUGUAGGUCUCCAAGCAGAACUGAGAUUUUUCUCUGGCCUAGGAGAGACCACUGUCCCCUGCCUUCCUUUCCCUGGGAAGAUAGGCUUCCUGGCCUUUCAGCCUGGCUAGAGGGAUUGUGUCUCCACACAAACCCAGCUGGACCCAGCUGAGCACUGACUGAGAACCGAUGUAUGUGAGAAGGGCCAGUUCUACUUCAGCCAUAGCGAGUAGACCUCUGAAGACCCAGGGAACUGAAUUGAAUACCGUGUUAGGAAGAGGGCCUGCAGCCUCCAGGUCCUUAAGACUUACCACCCCAGUGUACAGAAGCCUGCCUAGCACCCUGUCUCUCUAGGAAGGCCAGUGCUAAGACUCGUGGGCCAUCCACCAGGACUGAGUUCAAGUUACUGCUGGCAGAAUGGUGACUGGUCCCUGCAGCCUCCCUUCUGGGCUUCAGGAAUCCCCUCCCAGGCUGACUGCCCCACCCUGAGGCUAGUCUGGAAUCCUGGUUAGAGGAAAAAGCUGCAAAACAGAGUCAUUCACAAUGGGCAAAAAGAGGAGGGAGAGGUUUCUGGUUAAGAUAUAAAAGGAGGAGCCUAAAGAAGGAAGGAAGCUCCAAGGCUCUGCCCAGACAUCUUCCCUGAGACGCCUAAGGACAAAAGAGGAGCUAGACACAACUCUCCCCAUUUUUCCUUUGCCGUCUUGAGAGUUCUCCAUCUUCCAGCACUGACUGCCCUCUGUGGCUGGCUCCUUUCUCUACCCUCCCCCUUCCCUAGGCUAAAGGGCCCACAGGGAAUGGAAGGGAGGGAGGCUGAGUGGCUGUGCUGUGGGCCUGCCUGCUCCUUUCCCUUCCCCCUUCCCUUAGCAGCAACGUCACCGCAUCACCAGCAGCCGCGGCAGCAGCACGGAGACUGGGGCUGGGAUUGCGCAGCCUCCCUGCAUUAGCAACGAUGCCAUUGUAUUAGCAGAAAUCAGAUCUUAGGAAAUCGGUCCAGUUCCCCUGUGUGGUCCCGUGGAACAGUGUCUCAGCUGGAACUGUCGAGGUAGAGCUUGGUCGGAGUGCAAAAGGGACAGACACAUCAGGGGUCCAGCGCAAGGCUCCUGACAAAGGUGCCAAGCUCUCCUGAUGAAAUGUGUUCUGCCCCACUGGGCUCCAGGGACAGUGUCUGGUGCUGUUGAAGCCCUUAUUCGAACUUUCCAGAAUGGAUAGUCCCCCAAAGCUGACUGGAGAGACCCUCAUCGUUCAUCACAUCCCCCUGGUGCACUGCCAGGUCCCAGACAGGCAGUGCUGUGGAGGAGCAGGUGGAGGUAGUGGGAGCACAAGACCUAAUCCCUUCUGCCCACCUGAGCUGGGCAUCACCCAGCCUGAUCAAGACCUAGGACAAGCUGACUCCCUGCUAUUCAGCAGCCUGCACUCUGCUCCAGGAGGAACUGCACGGUCUAUAGACAGCACCAAGAGUAGGAGUCGGGAUGGAAGAGGCCCUGGAGCCCCCAAACGACACAACCCCUUCUUGCUGCAGGAGGGUGUGGGUGAGCCAGGACUUGGUGACCUGUAUGAUGACAGCAUUGGUGACAGUGCCACCCAGCAGUCCUUCCACCUGCAUGGCACUAGCCAGCCCACCUUUCAUCUAUCCUCUUUCCAGCUGCCACCAUCUGGCCCUGGAGUGGGCAUGCCAUGGGGGGCAACACGCAGUCGGGCUGGAGUGGUGGAAGGGCAGGAACAGGAGCCAGUGACGACCUUGGAUACCCAGCAGUGCAGCGCCAGCCACUGCUGCCGGCCAGAGCUGGAAGCAGACACUAUGGAGCUGGAUGAGUGUGGGGGACCUGGUGGGAGUGGCAGUGGGGGUGGAGCCAGCGAUACCUCUGGCUUUUCCUUUGACCAGGAAUGGAAGCUCAGUUCAGAUGAAUCCCCAAGGAACCCUGGAUGCUCUGGCUCAGGGGCCCAGCACUGCCGCUGCAGUAGCACAUCCAGUCAGUCCGAGGCAGCUGACCAGUCCAUGGGCUACGUGAGCGACUCUUCCUGCAACAGUUCAGAUGGUGUGCUGGUCACCUUCAGCACCCUCUACAACAAGAUGCAUGGCACUCCCCGCGCCAAUCUCAACUCUGCCCCCCAGUCCUGCAGCGACUCUUCCUUCUGCAGCCACUCAGACCCUGGCGCCUUCUACCUGGAUCUGCAGCCCUCCCCAGCUGAGUCUAAGAUGUCUUAUGAGUCCCAUCACCCUGAAAGUGGAGGAAGGGAAGGGGGCUAUGGUUGCCCUCAUGCCUCAUCUCCUGAGCUUGAUGCCAACUGCAACUCCUACCGCCCACACUGUGAGCCGUGCCCAGCAGUGGCUGACCUCACAGCCUGCUUCCAAAGCCAGGCCCGUCUUGUUGUGGCCACACAAAAUUACUAUAAACUUGUCACCUGUGACCUGUCCUCCCAAUCAUCCCCAAGCCCUGCUGGCUCUUCCAUCACCAGCUGCUCUGAGGAACACACCAAGAUAAGUCCCCCACCAGGCCCUGGCCCAGAUCCAGGUCCCAGCCAGCCCUCUGAGUAUUACCUAUUCCAGAAGCCAGAAGUCCAGCCAGAGGAACAAGAAGCAGUGAGUUCCUCUAGCCAGGCAGCAGCUGCUGUGGGCCCCACUGUGCUUGAGGGGCAAGUAUACACGAAUACUUCACCCCCCAACCUCAGCACUGGACGUCAGCGCUCCCGCAGCUAUGAUCGCAGCCUGGAGCGCAGCCCUCCUGUCCGCCUGGGCUCACUGGAACGCAUGUUGAGUUGCCCAGUGCGCUUGAGUGAGGGCCCUGCAGCCAUAGCGGGGCCUAGCUCCCCACCUAGGAGGGUGACCUCCUUUGCCGAGCUGGCCAAGGGCCGGAAGAAAACUGGAGGCUCUGGCUCGCCCCCACUUCGUGUGAGUGUUGGGGACUCCUCCCAGGAGUUCUCACCCAUCCAAGAAGCCCAGCAAGAUCGGGGGGCCCCACUGGAUGAGGGCACUCGCUGUAGCCAUAGCCUGCCACCCAUGCCCUUGGGGCCAGGCAUGGACUUACUUGGCCCAGAGCCAAGUCCACCCUGGUCCACCCAGGUCUGUCAGGGACCCCACUCCAGUGAGAUGCCUCCUGCUGGCCUUAGAGCUGCGGGGCAAGGCCCCCUGGCUCAGCUGAUGGAUCCAGGGCCUGCUCUCCCAGGGAGCCCAGCCAACAGCCAUACCCAGAGGGAUGCAAGAGCUAGAGCUGAUGGGGGUGGCACUGAGAGCCGACCAGUCCUUCGCUACAGCAAGGAACAGAGGCCAACCACGCUGCCCAUCCAGCCCUUUGUGUUCCAGCACCACUUCCCCAAGCAGCUGGCUAAGGCCCGGGCCCUCCACAGCCUUUCCCAGCUCUACAGCCUCUCAGGCUGCAGCCGUACACAGCAGCCUGCCCCACUGGCUGCCCCUGCUGCUCAAGUCUCAGUCCCAGCUCCCUCAGGGGAGCCGCAGGCAUCCACUCCCCGAGCCACUGGCAGAGGUGCCAGGAAAGCUGGGUCUGAGCCAGAGACCUCUCGGCCAUCGCCCCUGGGAAGCUACUCCCCCAUCCGGAGUGUUGGCCCCUUUGGGCCCAGCACUGACUCUUCUGCCUCCACUUCGUGCUCCCCUCCCCCAGAGCAGCCCACAGCCACAGAAAGCCUGCCCCCAUGGAGCCACUCCUGUCCUCCUGCUGUCCGGCCUGCCACCUCCCAGCAGCCGCAAAAGGAGGAUCAGAAGAUACUGACCUUGACUGAGUACCGGCUCCAUGGAACAGGAAGCUUGCCGCCUCUGGGCUCCUGGCGAUCUGGCCUUAGCCGAGCAGAGAGCCUGGCCCGGGGAGGUGGUGAGGGCAGCAUGGCCACCAGGCCCAGUAAUGCCAACCACCUAUCCCCUCAAGCCCUCAAGUGGCGGGAAUACAGGAGGAAGAACCCACUAGGGCCACCUGGUUUGUCAGGGAUCCUAGACCGAAGAUCACAAGAAGCUCGGCUGGCCCGAAGAAACCCUAUCUUUGAGUUCCCUGGCUCCCUCAGUGCUGCCAGCCAUCUGAACUGCCGGCUGAAUGGCCAAGCAGUGAAGCCGUUUCCGCUGACCUGCCCUGACUUCCAGGACCCCUUUUCCUUGACGGAGAAGCCUCCAGCUGAGUUUUGUCUGUCCCCAGAUGGCAGCUCAGAGGCCAUUUCCAUUGACCUGCUUCAGAAAAAAGGGCUGGUAAAAGCUGUUAACACCGCUGUGGACCUCAUUGUGGCCCAUUUUGGCACAAGCCGGGAUCCCGGGGUGAAGGCAAAGCUGGGAAACAGUUCUGUGAGCCCCAAUGUGGGCCACCUGGUUCUGAAGUACUUGUGCCCUGCUGUCCGCGCUGUGCUGGAGGAUGGGCUCAAGGCCUUUGUACUGGACGUCAUCAUCGGGCAGCGUAAGAACAUGCCAUGGAGUGUGGUUGAGGCUUCCACACAGCUAGGUCCAUCCACCAAGGUCCUGCAUGGCCUCUACAACAAAGUCAGCCAAUUCCCAGAGCUCACCAGUCAUACCAUGCGCUUCAACGCCUUCAUCCUCGGCCUGCUCAACAUCCGGUCCCUGGAGUUCUGGUUUAAUCACCUCUAUAACCACGAAGACAUCAUCCAGACCCACUACCAGCCCUGGGGCUUCCUGAGUGCAGCUCAUACCGUGUGUCCCGGCCUCUUUGAAGAGCUGCUGCUGCUGCUACAGCCCCUGGCCCUGCUGCCCUUCAGCCUCGACUUGCUAUUCCAGCACCGGCUGCUGCAAAGUGGGCAGCAGCAGCGGCAGCACAAGGAACUGCUGCGGGUGUCCCAGGACCUGCUGCUGUCUGCCCACUCCACGCUGCAGCUGGCCCGGGCCCGGGGCCAGGAGGGCCCUGGAGACAUGGACAGGGCAGCCCAGGGGGAGCGGGUGAAGGGUGUGGGUGCCUCAGAAGGUGGAGAAGAGGAAGAGGAAGAAGAGACAGAAGAGGUGGCAGAGGCAGCUGGGGGCUCAGGGCGUGGCAGGUGGGCCCGAGGUGGGCAGGCCGGCUGGUGGUACCAGCUCAUGCAGAGCUCCCAGGUCUACAUUGAUGGCUCCACUGAGGGUUCCAGGUUCCCUCGUGGUAGCAGCAAUAGCAGCAGCGAGAAAAAGAAAGGGGCAGGAGGUGGGGGGCCUCCCCAGGCUCCACCACCCCGAGAGGGAGUAGUGGAGGGGGCUGAGGCCUGCCCUGCCUCUGAGGAGGCCCUGGGCCGGGAAAGGGGCUGGCCCUUCUGGAUGGGGAGCCCCCCUGACUCUGUGCUGGCUGAGCUGAGGCGCAGUCGGGAGAGGGAAGGGCCUGCUGCCCCACCAGCAGAAAAUGAGGAAGGGGCCUCAGAGCCUUCACCUGGAGGCAUCAAGUGGGGACACCUCUUUGGCUCCCGAAAAGCCCAGCGGGAGGCCCGGCCCACAAACAGGCUCCCCUCGGACUGGCUGAGCCUGGACAAGUCCAUGUUCCAACUAGUGGCACAGACAGUGGGUGCCCGCCGGGAGCCAGAGCCCAAGGAGAGCCUGCAGGAGCCACACUCUCCAGCCCUGCCCUCCAGCCCUCCAUGUGAGGUGCAGGCACUGUGUCACCACCUGGCCACCGGCCCUGGACAGCUGAGCUUCCACAAAGGAGACAUCCUACGAGUGCUGGGGCGAGCUGGAGGAGACUGGCUGCGCUGCAGCCGUGGCCCUGACUCUGGCCUGGUGCCCCUGGCCUACGUGACAUUGACCCCAACUCCAAGUCCAACCCCUGGAAGCAGCCAAAACUGAGGCCCUGUGCAUGCUGGUGGCCUCAGGGACCCUCAUAACCCCUAGACUCAGAGCCCGAGAGCCCUUCCCAAGCCAUUGGCUUGGCUGCAGAGUAGACUGAGAGCUGGGGCCACGUAUCCCUGUGCUGGCACCUGCUCCCUGUGCUCAGUAUUAAUUACGCCCCCUUAACUGCCCCAGUGACCUCGUCCAGACCUCCACCCAGGAAAGGAGGGACGGGACGCAGCACUGGGAUGCCAGGAUUUCCCUGGCCCGUCUGGGUCAACCUUUCCAUGGGUGAAGACAAGCAAGUCCCCCUGGAGGCGAGUGGCCUGGAAAGCCAUCUACAGGGUUCCCUAGGCCAGGUGGAGAUGAGGAUGGGUAACAGUAUUGGGUCCAGAUCCCAAAGCCCCCCAGCUGUAAAUAGGCUAUGGCCAGUGCCUGGUCAUCAGAAGAGGGAGGAGGAGCCCAGGUGUCUGUUUAUGUAUUUAUUUAUUUAUUUAUUAUACCUAUUAAUAAAAAAGGUGCUCAGCCUCCA